AUGUCGUCCAUCAAGAUUGAGCGGGACACCGUUCAGCAGACCAUCACCGAUGCCGCCAAGAGCGUGAGCAAGAAGGAUGUUGGCUUCGUGGGCAGCACCGCCGCCGCCAUCGCCGAGGCUGCCCACGGCGACCUUCCCGGCACCACUGGAAAGCAUCCCAUCUCGGCCGUCGUCGGUACUGCCCUCACCGGCGGCAGAAAGAAUGCCGGGACAAAGGGUUACCUCGCUGCCUACCUCCGCCAACUAGAGACCAACCCUCUGCGGACCAAGAUGCUCACGGCCGGCACGCUCGCUGGCGCUCAGGAGUUGAUCGCAUCGUGGCUGGCCAAGGACCGCAACAAGCAUGGCAACUACUUCACAUCCCGCGUGCCCAAGAUGGCCACCUAUGGCGCACUUGUCAGCGCUCCCCUCGGCCACUUUUUGAUCUGGCUCUUGCAGAAGACCUUCAGCGGCCGUACCAGCCUGCGUGCCAAGAUCUUGCAGAUUCUCGUCAGCAAUUUGAUUAUUGCCCCCAUCCAAAACACCGUCUACCUCGUCGCCAUGGCCUUGAUCGCGGGUGCCAAGAACUUCCACCAAGUAAAGGCCACGGUCAAGGUUGGCUUCUGGAAGGUGAUGAAGGUGAGCUGGAUCACCUCGCCUCUCUGCCUGGCCUUUGCCCAGAAGUUCCUGCCCGAGCACACAUGGUUGCCCUUCUUCAACCUUGUGUCCUUCAUCAUCGGCACCUACAUCAACACCAUCACCAAGAAGAAGCGCCUGGCGGCCCUCCGCAAGAAGCACUUUGGUGAGGGCCGCGCUCCCGGCCCCAGCGGUGCCCCCUCGACUCUGGGCCGCCCUGAGGAUUACCCCCCUCUCGGCCCAAACCCCCCUUACUAA